AUGACGCACCCACAGCGGGUUCGUCUUUUGUAUAAGAUGAUACUUCGAACACAUAAGGCUCUUCCACCGGAACUUCGAGAACUUGGAGAUCGAUAUGUUAGAGAGGAAUUUAAAAGACACAAAAAUUGUGAUUCUUCCUACGUUGGCCCCUUUAUGAUGGAGUGGACACGGUACCUCGUGGAUUUAAAUAAGCAAAUUCGAUCUGCCAUGAAAGUGGGGGACGAAGCAGGAUUGGAACACAAGGCCGAAUACGGAACCCACCUCAGGGAAGAAGACCUCGAUAUGUUUUCCGAAUAUCAGCUAAAACAACUACUCGCCCUUGCAGACGAGCUUCACGGCGUAAGUCAAUCAGACGCCUCCAAAAAUUAG